GUUUUGAUAGCUCAGAAUCGGAUGAGGAGCUUGACCCCUCUGAGGAAAUAGACUUAGAGGAAGAGGCAGCUCGUUAUGAGGAAGAGAGAUACCAUCCAGAUGAGAAUCGAGCUAAUCAGUUACAAAACAAGAAAAAAGCAAUUGGAGAGAAAAGCCAGCUCGCUGGGCGGUCUCCGGGCCCUUGACCUCUGGGUCCUAGUGCCCCUCCACCCUAUGUGGAGCAGUACUGUUCAGACUUGUUUAUUCCAAAAGAGGAACAGAGAAAAGUGCAGCAAGCAUUUCCGGUCUUUGAAGGAGCUGAUGGUGGACGCGUUCAAGCCCCAGUGGAGUACAUACAGAUUAAGGAGCUUGCUGAGUCAGUCCGUAACUAUGGAGUCAAUGCUAAUUUUACUAUAGUGCAAGUUGAAAGACUUGCCACAUUGGCUAUGACUCCUGGGGACUGGAUGACUGUGGUGAAAGCGGCAGCCCCCAAUAUGGGAUUGUACUUAGAGUGGAAAGCCUUGUGGCAAGAUUCCUGCCAANUACAGGCAAGAGCCAAUGCCACCGCUGAAGGGGACCAAAGAACAUGGACUUUUGAGUUGCUUACAGGUGAGGGACAAUACGCUGCUAACCAGACAAAUUAUCAUUGGGGAGCAUAUGCCCACAUCUCAGCUGCUGCCAUUAAGGCAUGGAAGGCACUCUCUAGGAAAGGAGAGGCAGGCAGGCAUUUAACAAAGAUCAUUCAGGGCCCCCAGGAACUGUUCUCAGACUUUGUAGCUAGAAUGACAAAAGCAGCAGGAAGAAUUUUCCGGUACCCAGAGGCGGCUAUGCCUUUAAUUGAACAGUUGGUCUAUGAACAGGCUACGCAGGAAUGCAGGGCAGCCAUUACACCCAGAAAGAGUAAAGGAUUGCAGGACUGGUUAAAGGUUUGCCGUGAGAUUGGAGGGCCGCUCACUAAUGCUGGUUUGGCAGCCGCCAUUCUACAAGGGCAGAAGCACCCUGACUCGGCUGAGCUCAAACUCUGCUAUAAUUGUGGCAAACCAGGACACUUAAAAAAGAACUGCAAAGCCCUUGUCAAAAAGAGAGUGCCAGGGCUGUGCACUAAAUGUGGGAAAGGAUAUCAUUGGGCCAGAGAUUGUCGAUCAGUUAAGGAUAUUCGAGGCUGGCCACUUCAGCCAGGACUUUCUCAAGCAGUAGAGAAUGAGGACUUUCCAAAAAACGGAUAUCAGGGCCCCACGUCUCAGGGCCCCAAAACAUAUGGGACCCCGGCAGGCAACAGGUGGACCACACAGUCUGCAGGGCAACAAAAGAUUCAGCAGGAUUGGACCUCUGUUCCACAACCCAAUUCAUGCUGA